AUGGAUUACAAGUUCGUAGGUCUUUGCGUGAUGUACCUGCUCGGAGCGAUGGCGGUGACCCCUGGAAGGGCCGAGACGACUUCCAACUGUACAACGGCGUUCGACGCGGCACUCAAGGAAUGUGCGUCCCAGUUGGGAAUAUCGUCCGAUCGGUUGGAGAAUGAGUACAAACUCUUGCUAUAUCCGGCCGAUCGGGACAGCAUGUGUCUGGUACGAUGCGUUGGAGUCUUGCUGCGCUUUUGGAACGACACCACCGGUCUACGAGAGUCCGCCAUCCGGCAGUACUAUAAGCCGGCUCCGGAAGACGUCUGCUACCGAAAUCGAACGCAGUGUUGCCUCGACGCCCUCGAGCCGACUGUGACGGAUGUCUGCGAGCGGGCACACCGUUCGUUCCUGUGCUAUCAUCAGCAGUACGGAUACCUGGUGAAGCAGGACCGAUAUGUGCCCAAGACCAGCCUCGAGAUGCGUCAGGUGCAGCAGGAUUGUCUCGAUAUUCUAGGACUUGCUCCCACUCGACUCCACCAGUACCGGGAGGGUAUCUUCCCGGAUGAUCCGGAAACGCACUGCUUCAUCCGAUGUGUUGGAUUGCGGACCGAACUGUACAGCGAUCGGGAUGGACCCAACGUGGACCGGUUAUAUAUCCAAUGCGAGUCCUGUGCCGACGAGAAAGUGUUUAAGGAGCGUGCGAACGAAUGUAUCGCUUCCCAGCGACGUCAGAAGUUGAGCAAGUGUACAGCGGCGUAUCGAUCUUUGUAUCAAUGCUUCCGUGACGAUCAGCUCGAUAUGUACGCUGGUGUCACAACAACGACUCCAGUACAAACCUCACCGACCACCACACCAGCUCCGACGGUAGUAUCCAAAGGACCUCAGGGAUAUUUCAAAUCCAAUGCUCUCGCUGGCUAUCCAAUUAAGAAACAGAAGAGAGAACGACAGGCGCUUCAGUUGGAGAUCGUCUUCGAGGAUCUCUCCAAUCAACCGGCUAAGAAGUGA